AUGUUUGAAACUCUCCAACAAUCAUUCGAACAAAAUGAAUGUACAGGUCCAAAGAAUAUAGGUUUUGAUCAUUUUUGGGAAAUCUUUGAUUCACAUACAGAAUACAAAGAAUUAUUUAACCAAACUAUGCAAGUGUACACCAAAGCCGCCAUGUCAAAUAUUAGAGGAGCCAUUGACUUUAGCUCAUUCAAUACUAUUGUUGAUAUUGGUGGUAACCAUGGCUUUGAUAACAAUAACAAUAAUAACAAUAAUAACAAUAAUAACAAUAAUAACAAUAAUAAUAAUAAUAAUAACAAUGAUGAAAGCAACACCUGCACACAACCAUCUAAUUUAAUAAUUUCCAAUGAUUAUAACAACAACAAUAAUAAUAUCAAUAAUAAUAACAAUAUUAAUAAUAACAAUAAUAAUAUUAAUAAUAAUAAUAAUAAUAUCAAUAAUAAUAAUAAUAUCAAUAGUAUCAAUAAUAAUAAUAAUAUUAAUAAUAACAAUAAUAAUAAUAAUAAUAAUAAUAAUAAUAAUAAUAACAUUUCCCAAACCAGUCAAUCCCCACUUGACCAAUGUAUUAAUGCCCCAUCACACAAUCAAUCACCAUCUCAACCACAAAAUAUAAUAUCAGAAUCACCAUUCCAUAGAUCAACUGAUAUUAUUCCAACUUUUCCAGCAACAAUAUCAUCAUAUACCCCAUCACACAAUCAAUCACCAUCUCAACCACAAAAUAUAACCUCAGAAUCGCCAUUCCAUAGAUCAUACCAACCUUUCCUGCAACAAGAUCACCAAACACCCAAUCACAAAGUCAACUCCAAUCUCAAUUUUUUAAUUCUUCUCAAUCAAAUCCCCCAAUUCCACCAUGAUUAUACACCAUUUCAUAGAUCCACUGACGUUAUACCAACCUAUCCAGCAACAAGAUCAUCAUCAGAAUCAAGCAAUCUUUCUACAGUUGCAUCAACUGGCAAUCCAAUGAAAAAGAGACCAUUGGAAGAAGAUGAUAUAUCAAAUGAAAAGGAAAAAGAGAAAUUAGAAAGGGGACUAUUAGAAAUAGAUUACCAUUGUAAUAUUUGCAUAGAUCAAAUAGAGACAAUAAAAAUAGCAACAAUUGAUUGCAACCAUAAAUUUUGCUUUGAUUGUAUAUUAGAAUGGUCAGAUCAAGCUAACACCUGCCCAACAUGUAGAAAAAGAUUUUAUAAUAUAAAAAGAGACAAUUAUGUUGAAGGUUUAGUAAACAGUGCCAAUGUCCCAUAUAGAGUUCAAGGAAAAGAUAGAUGGCCAAAUUUUUACAGUACACUCCAAGAAUUAAUCCAUGAAGCCGCUCAACUCCCACCAAUUACAUACCCUUUUCCUUACAAUUCUUAUCCUGGCUUAUAUAAUAAUGAAGAUCACCCAGGAAAUGGCGAUGAAGAUAGCGAUGAAGAAGAAGAAGAUGACAUGGAUCUCUCAAAUUAA